AUGUUCAGCUUUAGGCUUAUGGCAAAUAAUACUGACACUGACGGUGCUUGCAGCGAGCCAGCGAGCGGUCUCGGCUCACCUGUGCUAGCGAGCGGUUUCGGCUCACCCGUGCUAGCGAGCGGUCUCGGCUCACCUGUGCUAGCGAGCGGUCUCGACUCGCCCACGCCAGCGCGCUGUUUCGGCUCACCCGUGCUAGCGAGCGGUCUCGGCCCACCCACGCCAGCGAGCGGUCUCGGCUCACCUGUGCUAGCGAGCGGUUUCGGCUCACCAGUGCUAGCGAGCGGUCUCGGCUCACCUGUGCUAGCGAGCGGUCUCGGUUCACCCGCGCCAGCGAGCUGUCUCGGCUCACCCGUGCUAGUGAGCGACCUCGGCUCACCCGCGCCAGCAAGCUGUCUCGGCUCACCCGUGCUAGCGAGCGGUCUCGGCUCACCCGCGCCAGCGAGCUGUCUCGGCUCACCCGUGCUAGCGAGCGGUCUCGGCUCACCCGCGCCAGCGAGCUGUCUUGGCUCACCCGUGCUAGCGAGCGGUCUCAGCUCACCCGCGCCGAGACAGCUCGCUGGCGCGGGUGAGCCGAGACAGCUCGCUGGCGCGUAA